AUGGACAAAUUCCAAGUCCUAGACUUUGCAGCAGGGCUAGAAUAUCUUCCACAAGAGCCAAUGGAUCAUGUCCUUGCUGGUGAGAAUGCUACUCAGGACCACUUCCAAACGAUUGUGGCGGAUGCUUUGGCCGAGCUGGAUCCCAUCCUCCGCAAGAUCUUCCAGGCGAAGAAACCAGUAGAUACUAGAUCAUCUGCAGAUGCUGUCGGUGCGGAUUUCAUCGCGGAUCCGACGUUCGCGGUGGCCAGGCAUGCCACACUGUAUGCAAGAUGA